AUGACUCCAGCCUGGAGACAUUUGCUAAGAACUUUGCGCCUGGAGACUUCCUCACCCAGGACCCCCAAGACAUGCCCUUCCCUGAGCCUAGGUGCUUUCUGGAGAUCUGUAACCAAGCUCGGUCUUCAUACGAAACCCAGAAUGCCUCCAUGUGACUUCACACCCGAGAGGUACCAGUCCAUGCCCUACAGCCGCGUCCUGGAGGUCUACAAGGAGCAUCUCUCCCCCGAGGUGGUGUACUUCCCGGACCCUCUGCUGCUCCACCAGGGCCACAUGCAGUGGCUCUUCGAUCACGAGGGAAACAGAUACCUGGACUUCUUCUCUGGGAUCGUCACUGUCAGUGUCGGCCACUGCCACCCGAAGGUGAACGCCGUGGCGCAGAAGCAGCUGGGCCGCCUGUGGCACACCAGCGCCCUCUUCUUCCACCCACCGAUCCAUGAGUACGCAGAGCAGCUCUCGGCGCUUCUCCCCGAACCUCUAAAGGUCAUUUUCUUGAUGAACAGUGGCUCAGAAGCCAACGACCUAGCCAUGCUGAUGGCCAGGGCACACACAAAGAACACAGACAUCAUUUCGUUCAGAGGAGCCUACCACGGAUGCAGUCCUUACACACUUGGCUUGUCAAACGUAGGGCAAUUCAAGAUGACACUCCCCAGUGGGGUGGGCUGCCAAUCAACAAUGUGCCCAGAUGUUUUCCGUGGUCCUUGGGGAGGAAGCCACUGUCGAGAUUCUCCAGUGCAAACAAUUAGGAAAUGCAGCUGUGCACCAGACUGCUGCCAAGCUAAAGACCAGUAUAUCGAGCAGUUCAAAGAUACUCUGAGCACUUGUGUGGGCAAAUCAAUUGCUGGAUUUUUUGCAGAACCAAUCCAAGGGGUGAACGGGGCCGUUCAGUACCCCACGGGGUUUCUGAAGGAGGCCUUCCAGCUGGUGCGGGAGCGAGGAGGCGUGUGCAUCGCGGACGAAGUGCAGACGGGGUUCGGAAGGUUGGGCUCUCACUUCUGGGGCUUCCAAACCCACGGCGUCCUGCCAGACAUCGUCACCAUGGCCAAAGGGAUCGGGAAUGGCUUUCCCAUGGCAGCGGUUGUGACCACGCCAGAGAUUGCCAAGUCUUUGGCUAAAUGCGUCCUGCACUUCAACACCUUCGGAGGGAACCCCAUGGCCUGUGCCAUCGGAUCGGCCGUGCUUGAGGUGAUUAAAGAGGAAAAGCUGCAGGAGAACAGUCACGAAGUGGGCACCUACCUGUUGCUGAAGCUGGCUAAGCUGCGGGAUGAAUUUGAGAUUAUCGGAGACGUCCGAGGCAAAGGCCUCCUGGUGGGAAUAGAAAUGGUGAAGGACAAGACGAGUCGCCAGCCGCUCCCCCGGGAAGAAGUCAACCAGAUCCACGAGGACUGCAGACGAAUGGGCCUGAUCAUCGGCAGGGGCGGCCUCUUCUCCCAGACGUUCCGCAUCGCGCCCUCGCUCUGCAUCACGAAGCCAGAGGUCGAUUUUGCAGUGGACGUAUUUCGCGCUGCGGUGAGCCAGCACAUGGAAAGAAGAGCUAAAUGAAAUCUAAAGCAUAAAAACCCACAAGCCUCAAGACCUUCCCGCUGAUGUUCAAGAGCUAAUUCGAGGAAUUUCAGAAGCACCGGCAUAAGUUGUAAAAGUUGACUGCCUACCAGCCAUAUUGGUUAACAGA